AUGGCUCAUCUCAGCCACUUCACCAUCCUGCAGAUCUGUAUGAUGUCCAUAUUUAGUAAUGCUUCUUAUGUUUUCCAAAUGAAAAGUAUGUUUGACAGGACAUCACGUAAAGGGCCUAAGGUGUUUGUCAGUGAAUAUGCAGUUAACGAACUAAAGGAUGCUGGUAACGGAAGCCUCCUUGCUUCACUGGCAGAGGCUGCAUUCCUCAUAGGAGUAGAAAAGAACAGUGACAUCGUCCAGAUGGCAUCUUAUGCGCCGCUCUUCGUCAAUAACAACCAACCUGGGUUAGAAUUGUUAAAAUCACAUCCAGAUACUCCGAUUCAUUGGCAGCAUCAGCAAUUACCUGGAGGGGACACUGACAUUAGCUUCCUGAGGGUAAAGAUCGUAAACUUUGGACCUCAUGCUGUGAACCUGACAAUACGUGCACAUCAACUUCGAGCUGCUGUCGAUGCAAGGGGAUCAAGAGUCACUGUUCUGACGUCCAGCGAUGUGAAGCAUGAAAACUCGUUCAGAAACCCACAUAAUGUGGUGCCGGUUACCAGAGGGUUGCCUAAUGCAGGAGAAGGCCUUGCUCGCUCCUUGCUCGUUUACUUCAUUCGACUUAGCUCUGGAGGAGUACGGACGUGUGGCAGAGAUGUGAAGUAA